AUGCCUGCUGAAAAAGUUGAAGCAUACAGAACCUUCAUGAAUCAUGUUAACACUUUACAAGUUAAUGUGCCAUUUGUGGAAACAAUACUUCAAACGCCUAAAUACUUCAACUUGCUUAAGGGCCUUUUUGCAGCUAGGAAGGAUUUGGCAGAAGUUGCAGAAGUCUUGAUGAGUGAACUGCCUAAAAAGAAGGGUGACCCAGGAAAUAUUGUGCUUCCGUGCCAAUUUGGUAAUAAAGUCUUCACACGAGCAUUAGCUGACUCAGGGGCAAGCAUCAAUAUGAUGCCUUUGUCAUUCUAUAAGAAGUUGAAUCUACCAGAACCAAAACCAGUGAAUAUGAAGAUCCAUUUGGCGGACAAGACAGCAAUCCAUCCAAAAGGCGUUUGUGAAGAUCUCCUUAUAAAAGUUGACAAAGUGGGUGAUGAGGCUGUGACGUUUAAAGCUAUUCCAGAAAUCAAGCAAGAAGAGGAAAAGAUUGAUGAAGUCUCAAUGAUCCAAUUGGAUGAUGAGAUAUUAGAACAAGAGCUUGCACGUUUGAUGAAAGAAGACCCAAGCAAACAUCAUGUUCAGAAGGGGACAAACUUCAAUUGGAUCUUGCCUGCCGACUAG